AUGUCCGUCCCACAGGACCUCCUAGACGGAAUCUCAGGCGCCCUCGCCAAAGAAGGCAACAUCCUCCAAAUGAUCCUAGUAACAUUCAUCGGUCUAUCCUGCUACAACAUCGCCGAGCUAGUCGUCCUAGUCCCAACCACCUUCCGCCGCUGGCGAGGCCUAUACUUCUGGUCUCUCCUCGCAUCAGGAUGUCUAGGCGUAGUACCCUACUCAAUCGGCUUCCUACUAAAAUUCUUCACGCAAACCGACUCCGUCCUAUCCGUAACCGUCCUAACAAUCGGAUGGUGGACAAUGGUAACCGGCCAAUCGGUCGUGCUGUACUCACGGCUGCAUCUCGUUCUCCGCGAUGAACGCAUCCUGCGCCGAGUCCUACGGCUAAUCAUAGCCAAUUUCUUCUUGCUGCACAUCCCAACAACCAUCCUGACCUACGGCGCGAAUAUCGUUCACACGGGCGAUCUGGCCUGGGUCAAGGGGUACAAUGUCAUGGAGAAGAUCCAGCUAACGGGGUUUACCCUGCAAGAGGGUCUACUGUCGACAUUGUAUGUGAUUGAAACGGUCAAGCUGCUACGGCUCGGGGCGGAUAUCUCUGUGCGUCCGGACUCGAGGACGAUUAUGUACCAUCUGAUUGGGAUCAACUGCGCGAUUAUGUUCAUGGAUGUUGUUUUGCUGAGUUUGGAAUAUGCCAAUUUCUAUGCUGUGCAGAUUACCCUGAAGGGGUUUGUGUAUUCGCUCAAGUUGAAGCUUGAGUUUGCAGUGCUGGGCAGGUUGGUUGAUCUUAUUCAGGGAUCGCGGCAUCCGAUAUCUGUGACUAUCGCUGAUACACUGCCUCUUUGUACGAUCCAUCGGCCGAUUGAGACGCCGGAUAAAGGUCAGGAUCAGUGUCAGGACCAGUGUGAGGAGGCUGAGCCGAAGGAUUUCUUGGUUGAUUCGCAUGGAGCGAGAAUUGUUCAGAGGAGGGUCUUUGUUGAGGUUCCGAGUGUAUGA